UCAGCGUUCAGCUAAAGUCCUCCCUUUUCCUACCCUGUGAUACUGAUAUUCAUGAAAUUGCCUGAGUACUUCUGCCAGAUUCCUUGAUUAAAAUACAUUGUUCUAUGAAGUUUGUAACACUGACUAUACCUGGUAGACUUAAAUAAUUCCUUGACUGGUAGAGACUGGUACUAUGAAAACACUAGUAAUUAGAACAAAACCAAAACGAAAUACUAAGAUUCCUUUGAAUAUGACUUAGUAAAUAUUUGUGGAAUGCACAUCUUAAUCAGGUAAUUCGGCCACACACUGAAGGAAAUACAAGAUAAAAAGAAGGUUCCCAUUCUGCAGGAAGCACGCUGUCCUGAAAAAGGACAACAGGGAAACUAAAUUACAGUCUAGGAGCGGCCAAUGGAAGAAGAUCCUUUUAUUGAUUUUAUUCCAGACCAGACUGGGCCUUAGUUGUCAGAGGUAGUACUGGUGGUGUGCCCACAGGAACAACUGUUCCAGCAGAAUGAUGAUGGUAGAUCUAAAAGUGGCUGAGUACUUGAACCCUCAGAUCAGGGCUCUGUGGGAGACCAAGGGACCUGUGACAGAGAGCUCCUCUCAGAGUAAAAAAUAUACUGCACAAAUGGACAGUCUCAGUCCUGAGAGCUUUCGCCAACACUUCCGGAAUUUCCACUAUCAGGAAGCAGCUGGACCCCGUGUGGCUGUUGGCCAACUUCAGGAAUUAUGCCGUCAAUGGCUGAGGCCAGACAUACACUCAAAAGAAGAAAUCUUGGAUCUGCUGGUGCUAGAACAGUUCCUGAACAUUCUGCCCAGGGAUACUCAGACCCAGAUAAAGAAGCACCACCUACAGAGCAUUGAAGAGGCUAUGGCCUUGGUAGACCACUUGCAGAGUGAAUCUGGUCAAACGAAGACUGGGGUUGCAGUCCAUGUGCUGGGAAAGGAGGCAGUGCUCUUGGGAGAAACAGCAGAGACCUCAGGCUUCAAACUGAGGCCAGCAGAGUCCCAGCCAGUGGGCAGGUCCCAGGAUGAAGAAUUUUGGAAUGAAUAUCAGGAUCAACAACAGCUGAGCAGGAAUACUCAUAAAGAAACUGAGCCUAUGUGUGAGAGGGCUGUGCCUGCUCACCAGAUCCUAGGCUUUCCUGAGCAGACAAACACCAAAGACUGGACAGUGGCACCUGAGCUCAUCUUGCCUGAGUCCCAGAGCUUAUUGACAUUUGAAGAAGUGGCCGUGUAUUUUUCCCAGGAAGAAUGGGAAUUACUGGAUAUCAGUCAGAAGACUCUCUACAAUGAUGUAAUGCAGGAAAACUAUGAGACUGUCAUCUCUCUAGCUGUGCCUACUCACCAGAUCCUAUACUUUCCUGAGCAGACAAACACCAAAGACUGGACAGUGGCACCUGAGCUCAUCUUGCCUGAGUCCCAGACCUUAUUGACAUUUGAAGAGGUGGCCGUGUUUUUUUCCCAAGAAGAAUGGGAAUUACUGGAUCCGGGUCAGAAGGCCCUAUACAAUGAUGUAAUGCAGGAAAACUAUGAGACUGUCAUCUCUCUAGCCAUAUUUGUGCUCCCCAAACCUAAAGUCAUCUCCUGUCUAGAACAAGGGAAAGAGCCAUGGGUUCAAGGAUCCACAGAGAUCAUGGAUAGUCCUGGAGAGCUGCCUAUAGGGUUAAAGCUCAAAAAUGAUACUGAAAAUCAUCAGCCUAUAUGUCCUUCUGACUUAGAAAUACAAGCUCCUGGAGACAUAAUAUCAAAAAAGGUCAGAGUGAAAGUUUCCCAGAAAACAACAGUCAAAGAAAAUCAUGGUGAUAUACAUAGGGUGGGGAAAUGGCACCAAGACUUUUCAGUGAAGAAAAGAAAGAAACUUUCAACCUGGAAACAAGAGCUGCUGAAACUUAUGGAUCGUCACAAGAAAGAACGUGCAGGAGAGAAGCCUUUUAAAUGCCAGGAAUGUGGGAAAAACUUCAGAGUUAGCUCUGACCUUAUUAAGCACCAAAGAGUUCACACUGAAGAGAAACCGUAUAAAUGCCCACAGUGUGAUAAGAGGUUUAGAUGGAGUUCAGAUCUUAAUAAGCACUUAACAACACACCAAGGGAUAAAACCAUAUAAAUGCUCAUGGUGUGGGAAAAGCUUCAGUCAAAAUACAAAUCUACACACACACCAAAGAAUUCACACUGGAGAGAAGCCCUUUACAUGUCAUGAAUGUGGGAAAAAAUUCAGUCAGAACUCCCACCUUAUUAAACAUCGGAGAACCCACACAGGUGAGCAGCCUUAUUCCUGUAACAUAUGCAGAAGAAACUUCAGCAGGCGGUCAAGCCUUCUUAGGCACCAGAAACUCCACCAGUGAAGGGAAGAUCGUCCAGUGUCCUCAGUCUGAACAAAUUCACCAAGAGGAACUUGACACUAAAGUUUAUGAAAAAAUAGAAAAUUAUGAAGCAUGAUUUUUUCAUCAGUGGAAUAUUACACAGAAAGGAAUCAGGUUCAACUCUGCAUGGGAUGAAUUAAAGUUUUUCUACUUAC